AUGACCUCCAGCUCCAAAGCAGUUCGUCGAUCUUCAAGAAAUUCUCUGCAAGUGAUGGGUUAUACAGGAGGGUUUGGGUUAUUACUGAUCAUACUUUUCUCUUGUAUGCUCUGCAUCACUUCCCAACCCUUGGACUACAGCUGUGCAAAUUCUUCAUCAGGAGUUGCUUACACCACAAAUAGCAGCAAAUAUGUUGCUAAUCUUGACAUCCUCCUCCUUUCUCUAACCUCAAAUGCAAAUUCUACUACCGGAUUCUAUUCUAACUCGGUCGGCAUUGGUUCAGACAAGAUCUAUGGUUCCUUCUUAUGUAGAGGCGAUAUCACACCUGAAGAGUGUCAAAAUUGCGUGGAGAACGGCACUAGAGAUAUUAAACCUUCUUGUCCAAACAAGACAACAGCAAUAGUUUGGUACAAUACUUGUAUGGUUCGGUACUCAAACCAACCCAUCUUCUCAAUUUUGCAACAACAACCAGUCAUUUUUCUUUAUGAUGUAAACAACGUUACCCAGUUGGAUCAGUAUAAUACCACAGUGGAAGAUUUUAUGCUUAAGCUUCUUCCACAAGCAGCUUAUGGUGUUUCUACUGCCCAGUACUAUGCAACAGGUAAAAUGAACUAUUCUACGGGCAAUGACACUGUGUAUGGACUAGUGCAGUGCACCCCUUAUAUAACUCCGGAUGAGUGCUAUAGUUGCCUAAGAAUGACUAUUAUGAAUGAUAUUUCAAGCAAAUUCUAUCCGAGAAUGGGUGGGAGAAUUCUUAAACCGAGUUGUAAUCUAAGGUUUGAGUUCAAUAAUGCUUUCUAUGAUCGACAAGUUUCUUCAACUCCUGCUACUACUACUCAUCCUUCAACUCCGGCUACUACUCCAUCCACGAACACAACACUCCCAGCUGGGUUGAGCGCCAAUUUAACUAUACUUGUCUUUGUUGUUGUUGUUGGGACAAUUAUUACACUUCUUAUAAUCGCCAGCCUCUAUCCACGUUUCGCAAGGAGGCAGAAGCCCAAAGUUUAUGAUGAAGAUAGUCGGAAAGAGAUCACAUGUGCCGAUUUCUUUCAAUACAACUUGGAUACAAUAAAAGCUGCCACAGACAACUUCUCUGAUGAAAAUAAGCUCGGACAAGGAGGAUUUGGAGCUGUUUACAAGGGAUUUGGAGCUGGUAUCCUUGUAGAUGGACAAGUAGUGGCUGUGAAGAGGUUCUCAAAAUAUUCUGGGCAGGGUGAAACAGAAUUUAAGAAUGAGGUUAUAUUAAUGGCAAAGUUGCAAUACAGGAAUCUUGUUAGGCUACUUGGCUUCUGCUUGAAAGGAGAGGAAAAACUGCUCAUCCAUGAAUUUGUGCCAAAUACUAGUCUUGAUCACUUUAUUUUUGAACCAAUCAAAUGCUCAGAAUUGGAUUGGGAAGGACAUUUCAAAAUCAUUGAAGGGUUUGCUCGAGGGAUUCUUUAUCUUCAUGAAGAUUCUCGAGUGAAAAUUAUUCAUCAAGAUCUAAAAGCAAGCAAUAUUUUGUUAGAUAAAGAGAUGAAUCCAAAAACUGCAGAUUUUGGCAUGGCAAAGCUUUUUGUAGUUGACCAAACUCAAGCCAAUACUAGUAGGAUUGUUGGAACAUACAGCUAUAUGGCGCCAGAGUACAUAACGCAAGGGCAAUUCUCAGCCAAGACAGACGUGUUUAGUUUUGGAGUCUUACUUCUAGAGAUCAUAAGCGGCCAAAAAAACUGCAAUUUCAAUCAUUCAGGGAGCAUGGAGGAUGGCCUUCUCAGCUAUGCAUGGAGAAAAUGGACAGAGGGUGCAGCUACAGCAUUGAUAGAUACAACUAUGCAAGAAAAUUGCCCUACAUCUGAAGUGAUUGGCUGCAUUCACAUUGGACUACUAUGUGUUCAAGAAAAUGUAUCUAACAAACCCACCAUGGCCACUGUUUUUUCCAUGCUCAAUAGUUACUCGGCCACUCUCCCAUUGCCUUCAUCAGCAGCCUUUGUAAUGAUCAAUAAUGAAUUCGAGUUCGGUGAACCUACCACGGAGUCUGAUUCAGAGGAAACAAGGUCAGGUCAAUCCACAAAUUCUAGAAUCGUAACAUUGGUGCUUUCAUUGAACCUUCCCCUUCCAAUGGGUUUGUUCAACCAAUACAAUAGGCUGGUCUUCAUUUUCCGGUCACUGGCACGUCAAGAUCCGAAUCAUGCAUUCAUUCCAUGUCUUGAAGAUGCAAUCUGCAAGGAGCAGGAGAGGAUUUACACUGUUGAUCUUGCGGCAAUUGAGGAUUUUGGUUCAAUGGCCGAUCUUGAACCUUACUUGACACUAUCUGGAGCAUCCGUGGCAGAGAUCACUUCCAUUGCCAUGGUUGUGUUGUCAUCGACCCCUGUAGUUGUCGCUGCUUCUGCAGAAAUUUCAGUCACCACUGUCGUUGGUGUUCAGCCAAUCAAGACUGAGAAUGGCACAAACCACCUAAAGGAUGAGGAGACUGUAGCAGCGAAGACCGUAGCCGAUGAUCGCAUAACCGCUGUGGAAGUUUCGUUGCAGGCUUCGUUGGUUGCAGAAAGUGACGGAGUUUUUAAACUCGAUCUUGCCGACCCAGUGGCAAUGGCCAAAAUCCAUUGCAAGAAACCCAUUUCCGGUGCAAAUUGGAAUGAUACUAGUGCUGCGCCACCAUUCUUGAAACAAGAUUUCUCAGUUUUCUUGGAUUUUUCGCUUACUCCGCCAUGGCCACCACCGAUCAAUCGGGAAAUAACUUGCCUUAUUUUCCACCAAAUGUGCGCGCAAGGAACAACGAAGAUUUGGAUUUCUCGGCUGCCACCGGAACCGCCACCACCAAGUAACAAAAUAGGUGACCGUGGUGAUUCGGAUUUCCCACUUGCGGAGAGAAUGGAGUUCACAAAUCCGACGCCGAAACGGUACGAUAGCUAUUACAGCAAGUAG